CUGAGGUCCGAAAUCAGAGUGGAGAGUUUUCAAAAGCUUUUGCUGAACACGAAGAACGGUUCAAAGAUGACUUAGAAAUGGUAAAAAAAUGGAGGGAAGCUCUCAAAACAAGUUGCGAUCGUUGUGGGUGGGAUGUGCAAAAUAAGGAGUAGAAUCAUCAUAAUUUCUAGAAAUUGUCAUAUCUUACAAAAUUAUGGAGUAAAUGAAGUUUACAAAGUUCAAGUCUUAGAUGAUACUCAAUCUCUUCAAUUACUUUGCAAGAAAGCUUUCAAAUCGAAUGAUAUUGGGGAAGAAUAUAAAGAGUUGACAUUAGAUAUAUUGAAGUAUGUGAAUGGUCUUCCAUUAGCUCUUGAAGUAUUGGGCUCAUUUUUACUUGAUCGAGAUGUUUGUGAAUGGAGAUAUGCAUUAACUAGAAUGGAAGAAAAUCCAAGCAAAGAUAUCAUGGAUGUGUUGCGAAUAAGUUUUGAUGGAUUGGAGAAUCUAGAGAAAGAAAUAUUUCUAGAUAUUGCUUGUUUCUUCUCCAAUAAGACUCACCAUUCUUCGCAGCAAACAAUGAAAAAACUUCUGCACUAUCGACAAUUUUAUCCUGACAUUGGUAUGAAAGUUCUGAUUGAGAAAUCACUCAUAAGUUGUCAAGAUGGAUAUAUUGGAAUGCAUGACUUGUUGAAAGAGUUGGGUAAGAGUAUUGUCCGAGAAAAAGCACCCAAAGAACCAAGAAAGUGGAGCAGGUUAUGGAACUACAAGGAUCUCCAGAAGGUCAUGAAAAUAAACAAGGAAGCAAAAAAUGUUGAAGCUAUAAUUAUUAAACAAUAUCCAAAAGAGUUUCUAAAAGCAAUAAGAGUGGAUGCUCUCUCAAAAAUGAAUCAGCUUGAGUUGCUGAUUCUUAAGAAUGUGCAGUGUUUUGGAACUCUGGAUUGCAUUUCUAAUGAACUGAGAUAUCUAAAGUGGAAUCACUUUCCUUGUAUGUCUUUCCCGUCAACUUUUCAUCCAGAUCAACUUGUAGAACUCAUUCUGCGUCAUAGCAAUAUCAAGCAAUUAUGGGAAGGCAAAAAGUGUCUGCCUAAUUUGAGAAAUAUGGAUCUGAGUCAUUCCAAAAAUCUUAUUGAGGUGCCAGACUUAAGUGAGGCUCCACGUCUUAAGAAUAUUAAUCUUGGAGGAUGUAUACAACUAGUCCAGAUCCAUCCGUCCAUUGGUAUUCUAAGAGAACUUCAACAUUUGUAUUUAAAUAAUUGCAAAAACCUUGUCCUUAAUCUCAUUAUUCUUUUUGGGAUCAGUUCUCUUAAGACCUUAGAUCUUUCCGGUUGUUCAAAAUUACUUAAUAGUAAGAUGUUAAUGGAGCCAAGAGACACAAAACAUUUGGAGGAAGUUGUUAAAAAUAGAAAUAUCAUCCAAUUGCCAACAUCCUCUGUAUACGAAUUUCUAAUGUUGCCUUUCAAAUUUUUCUACCCUCCAAAAGCUGAAGCUUCACUUGGUUUGGUAUUCUCUUCUUUGUCUUCUGUCCCAUGUCUGGAAUAUCUUGAUAUAAGCUUCGGCAAUCUACUUCAAAUUCCAGAUGGAAUUGGGAACUUACGUUCUUUAAGAGGAUUAAAUUUGGGGGGAAACAAAUUUGUGACACUACCAAGCACCAUUAAGAAACUUUCCAAUCUUCAACAUUUGAACUUGGAACACUGCAAGGAGAUGAAAUAUUUACCUGAGCUUCCAACGAUGAAAGAAGAAACAAUUGAUGGAUACUACGGACAAUUAUUAAUUUUUUAUUGUCCCAAGUUUAGAGAUAUGGAACACUGUUAUAGCACGGUUUUUUCUUGGAUGACGCAAAAUCUUCAGGUUUACUUGCAACCUAGAAUGGAAAUUGUUAUUCCUGGAAGUGAAAUCCCAAAGUGGUUCAAUAAACAAAAUGCAAGUACAUCAAUAAUUAUGGACCCAUAUGAUGUUAUAGAUGACCCAAAUUGGAUUGGAGUUGCCAUUUGUGCUCUAUUUGUCACACACCAAGAUCCUAUGAAUUUAGGGAUUGACUAGUCUUCUAAGCAGCCGUUCAAAUACCAUGCAUGAUCUUCAUGGAAUUGAAUUUGGAACUUGGAUUCGAAGUCCUAAAGGUUUACGUGUUGUGGUUAAGAAUUGCGGAUAUCGUUGGGUAUUCAAGAAGGAUCUUCAACCAUUAAACUCAACCAUGUUUUUCAGCGGAAAUUCUUCAUCUCGAAAGAGGAAGUUUCUAACAAGUGACUAACCACAGAAAGACUUCAGCCUAGAAAUUUCUUCUCAACCACCAUUCCAUCAAAGAAAUCUUAAUCUUUUUCAGGUAAAAUUUAAUUCAAAAAUAUUACGAUGGUCAUAAUUAUCAUUAUUAAAUACUUUUUUUCCUUUCUUUAUGUGAUAUAUUAAAGUUCAAGUUUCUAGAAGUGAACAAUUUUUCUUUUUUCUGCAUGAAAUAACUGAGGUAAUCUAACUCCUUACAUCAGUUUACUAACUAGUUGGUGUUUCCUUUGCAAUUUUCAAAGGUGUGAAGAUUGAAAGGUUAACAAAAGCUAAAACAGAAAAGGUGAUAAAUAUGGUUGCAGUCAGAGAGGGAAGUGAUUUCAGUGCUGACCGCAAGAUUUUUUUAGGCAUUCAUGCCGGACAAAAUUGAUUGGUAGUUUGAAUAAGUUAACAAAGGAACAAAAGUCAUUUAUUCGAGGAACACCAUUUGGAUGGAUGGAUGAGUUGAAAGAGUCUGUGAAAAUAUCUAGGAAUCUUUUGAGUCCGUUAAUUAGUAGGUGGGUGGAAAGAUUGGGGGGGUUUCAAAUGAGUACAAAAGUUGUUGGAUUUACCUAUUUAGAUGUAUGUCUUGGUCUAGGUUUGAUGGUGAUUGGUGAGAACAUUGAUUUAAACUAGGAAGGGUUAAAUAGUGAUUCAAAGAAUUUAUUUUGAGCUGCCAAAGUUGUUCAUAUCAAAAUGGUAUAUGAUUACAUUUUAAAACAUAUUAAAGUGCUUUUUU